AUGGGUGAGUCAUCUACUACAACUAAAACAUUUCAUUUUGGUUCGGGUCAAUUUUUAACAUUGAGUGAAGAUCAAAUUGGAAAAAUUCCCUACUUGACUGCAUUGGUUUCUGCUGGUCCUAGUUUUGAUUCAAUCCAACUCAACAAAGGAUACUAUUUACUUGAUUCUCGUAUUGACUAUCAAGAUUUUCAGUUCGCACUUGAUUCAAUUUCAUUUCAUUCGAUACGGCAAAUAUUUAUUCGUCUACCUAAAAACUAUAAUACUUUAGCUAUUAUUGCUCUUUUGGAUUUUCUUGCCAUCGGACCCGAAAGAGAUCCAACUCUCGAUGAAGUUAAUUCGAGUUUUUUUUGGAAUGUCAAAUUCGGUGAUAAAUUAGGUACAUAUAAAUUUAUUUACAGCUCAUCUCAUAUUCAAGACAUGGCUGUGCGGUUUGCUAUUGCUUUGGCAAAAGAAGAAUAUGAUUUUAGAAGCCAUCAAGUGAUCGAUCAAAUUUAUUGGUUUAUCAUGUUUAUUCUUAGUGCUCACAAAUUAUUUGAAACACAUAUUCGUUACCAUGUACAUAAAAUUGCUAAAAAUUGCUUUUCUUUGUUUUGUCCAUUUUUAUUAGAACGUCUAUAUCGAAUUGAAGAGAGAACAGAAAAGGAAAUACGAGACAACUCGAUCGCAGCAGGUACUCAUAUCAACUUCCAUAAAGAAACUGAUGCUUUGUGUAGUUUUAAUGUAUUCCCCGAUGAUUGUAGUUGUAAUUUUUGGCGCAUUGAUCCUCUAUGUACUGUAAGCCGUUUGGGUUUGACCUUCAAGCGUUGUGUUCCCAAUGACAUGCUGCGAUUCUGGAGAUGGCGAAGAAAUUCUUUGUUUUUCACUGAUUGUCGUAAAAUCUCGUACAAUAAAGAUAAAAAUCUCGAAAGACUUUGUGAAAAAGUCUUAGAAAACAUGUACAAAUGUUUACUAGGUAUAGUACUGGACCAAGAGCCAAUCAAAAACUGUUAUCAUAAUUUCGCUACUUUUAAUGAAGUGAAGUAUAAAUUGAUAUUAGACGAUAUACUGAACUGUAGUACCGUACAAGCUGCAAUACAGGAAAACAUAUUAUCAGAAAUAUGUGAAUUGACACCGACAUUAGAACGAGCAUAUGCUGAGUUAAUGAAAGAAAUACAAGCUUAUGAACAAAAUCCUACUACAACAACGGAAGACGAAAUGUACAUUUAUCCAAGGUACUUAUUUUGGAAAAUAGAUAAAAUUACAUUCGAGAGUAAACCAGAUCAAGCAUUGAAAUGUGAACUAACUUUGAACAAGCUGUAUCAAUAUGAAUCUAUAAUUGAUGAAAUACGAAACACUAUACUAGCCGAUUUGCAUGAUCUAUUUAUGGACGAAAUUAAAAUAUUUGUGAACAGUCGAAGCCGACAAUGGUCAUUAUUUUCAUUUCUAUUAACUAGUCAAGAUAAAAAGACACAAGUUUCGGAAUUAAAGAAAACUCAUAAAAUGAAGUCGGGUGAAAAAUAUCGACCGUCACCAAAAAUUCAAUGCAAAUAUGCAAGACGUUAA